AUGACGACACCAGGAACUUCACAACCGGCCACUGUACAAGAAUUCAAAAUCAGGGUGCCAAAGAAUGUAAAGAAGAAAUACCAUGUGAUGAGAUUCAAUGCGACUCUCAACGUGGACUUCGCAAAGUGGACUCACGUGAAAAUGGAGAGAGAGAAUAACAUUAAGGAAUUUAAAGGAACUGAAGAGGAAAUGCCGAAGUUCGGCGCCGGUUCAGAAUACGGCAGGGAUGUGAGGGAAGAGGCUCGACGGAAGAAAUUUGGUAUCAUCUCCAGGAAAUACAAACCCGAAGAUCAACCCUGGAUACUGAAAGUAGGAGGGAAAACUGGCAAGAAGUUAGUAAUAUUUUACUCAUUAGUGCAAUAUUCAUAUGUUCUCGUCUAUAUCACCAGGUUCAAAGGUAUUCGCGAGGGCGGUGUUUCUGAAAACGCAGCGUACUAUGUGUUCACACACGCCGCUGACGGAGCCAUCGACGCCUACCCUCUACAAGAAUGGUACAAUUUCCAACCGAUCCAGCGCUACAAGGCACUUUCCGCUGAAGAAGCGGAACAGGAAUUUGGAAGACGUAACAAGGUGAUCAACUACUUCUCACUGAUGUUCCGGAAACGUAUGAGAGGUGACGAUGCGGCUGACGAAGAUGAUCCCGAUGAAAAGAAAACCAAGGGGGCGAAGGCUAAGAAGGAUCUAAAGAUCUCUGAAAUGGACGAAUGGAUAGACUCAGACGACGAGUCUUCAGAUUCUGAAGCAGAUAAAGACAAGGAGAAGGAAGAUAGCGACUCCGGCACUAAGAAGAAAAAUAAGAAGAAAGCGGUGCCUAAGAAAAAGAAAAAGGUUAAUGAUGAGGCGUUUGAAGAGAGUGAUGAUGGAGACGAGGAGGGCAGGGAGAGGGAUUAUAUAUCAGACUCGUCGGAGAGUGAGUCUGAUCACGAGACGAAAGCCAACAAGGAGCUGAAGGGAGUCGCGGAGGAAGACGCUUUGAGGAAACUGCUGACAUCAGACGAGGGUACGGACUCGGAGCAGGAACAGAAACAAGAGUCGGAGGGAGAAGACGAGCCCACCAAGGAGGGGGAGGAGAGGGCGAGUAAACUGACCAAGAAGAAGAAGAAGGAUGACGCUAAGAAAGACACCAGCAGCGACUUCAGCUCGGACUCCGACACCGACCCCGAGAACAGCAGCAAGAAACAGAAGAAAGGAAAGAACAACGACUCGAAGAACAAUAACGCUGGUGGUAGCGCUAAUACGUCUCGUUCGUGUACCCCCACGCCGUCUAACGCGACGUCCGCGGUGGCCGCAGCCAACGCCGCUAACAACCAGCCCGCCAAGAGAGCGAAACUUGACCCCUCGUACACUGAGUGCGGCGUCACCGAGGAGGCAGUGAGGCGUUACCUGACCCGUAAACCAAUGACCACCACCGAGCUGCUGACCAAGUUCAAGUCUAAGAGGAGUGGAGUAUCUUCAGACAGACUCGUGGAGACUAUGACGCAGAUACUCAAGAGGAUCAACCCCGUCAAACAGAACAUCAACGGAAAGAUGUACCUCAGCAUCAAGCAGACAUGA